UUUUUUUUCUUGUUCAUCCCAUCAUGGUCGCUCCUUCUCAAGUCAUCUUGCGCUUUGCAGGCCAUGCAGACCUCCGCACGCGGCUGGUACUGUCGAUCCUGACAAACACUCCCGUGUACAUUUCCGCUAUUCAUUGUUCUGAAGAUGAUUCUGUGCCAGGACUGACGGAUUUUGAAUUGGAUUUUGUGUCACUUCUUUGUUUGUUGACUUGCUCUACGCACCAAGUGUUGCAUGAUGGAACUGCACUCAAGUUUACCCCUGGACCUCCCACAUUGAAUGACGUUCAACAUUCAUGCUGCCCUGCGCGGUCGGUGGGAUACUAUUUGGAACCAUUGCUCCUAUUAUCGGUCUUUUGCGAAAUCCAUCUAGAGCUCAUUGGGAUCACAAACGACAAGACUGCAUUGUCGGUGGACACGCUAUUAGGUGUUCAUGUGCCUGUUUUGCGAGAAUUUGGGGUUGAGCCGCCGGUUUUGACGAUCCACCUACGAGGAGCACCUCCUGAUGGACUUGGACGAGUAUCCCUGCAUUCUGUACCAAGAUUACGUCCCCUUCGUGCUCCGAUACUCACGACACAAGCUCCUACUACUCAUAUAAGAGGUACAUGCUACACAUCCCAUAUUCCUCCCUCAUUAGCGACCGAUCCGAUCACAUCCGCCACAGCGCUAUUAAAGCGCACUAUCCCCGACGUCCAUAUCACUCAAUGUACAUUACCAACGUCUUCAACACCAGGGUACGCCUUGACCCUAACUGCGCACGCCGAACCACAUACGACAUUGUCGGCUUCUUGUGCCUUCCUUCCUCGCCCUGGGCAAACCGAUGUGACCCAUCCGUUACCUGAGACACUCGGGAUCCGGACUGCAAGACUGCUGCUGCAGGAGAUGAAGAAGGGUGGUUGUGUAGAUAAGACUGCACAGGGGUUUGUGUUGGUUCUCUUGGCAUUGGCGGAGGGUAAAGGACAAGUCAGGGUGGGAGGGAUUGAGCCCUUGACUAUUCCACUCUUGACGUCCCUAAAGACUUUCCUCAAGACUUCCAUCUCCAUUGCACCCGAUCAGUCCACACGAACGUUCAUCUUGACCGGCCAGGGAAUUGCCUUCAUACCCCGCCUACAUCCCCUAUAACUCCUGUCCUCCUGUACUAUAGGACCGUAUACACGAAUUGCACAUAGACUUUUAGAUACGCCAUUUUUGCAUUUGCAAUAUAUUUCACAAAACAUUCCGUGCACAAA